UUGACAAGAUAAGGGUGGUGGACGUUUUCUGUCACACUUGCUUUUUCUCCCUCGUGCAUAAGAAACUUGAUUCUUGUUGUGGUUUGUUGUUUCUUAUUGUGUUUUUCUUUUGUCUUGAUACAUUUAUCUGACAACUAAGGAUUCAAGAUGGCAGGUGCAGACUCAGGUACGGUCUCCUAUGAGGAAUUGAAGCAGUUACUGGCAAACAACCCGAAUCUAUUUCUGGUGGAUGUACGCAACAAAGACGAGUGGGACAAUGGACAUAUUCCAAGAGCCAUUCACAUUCAACUGGACACAGUAGAGGCUGCUUUUUCGAUGAACCCAGAAGACUUCAGAGCCAAGUACGGAGUGGGGAAACCACCGCUGGAUUCGCCAAACAUGGUGUUUUACUGCCGGACAGGAAAAAGAUCUGCACAGGGUUUGUGCAAGGUCAAACACAUGGGAUAUGUGAAUGUUCGCAAUUACCCUGGCAGCUACACGGAGUGGUCUGAGAGAGAAGGAAGAGGCUCAUCAUGAACUGCACACAAGUCUUGGUCUUCUUGCUUUCGGUUUUUAAAAUUGAGAAAUGUUUUUUUAUGUAAAACACUUUGAGUCACAUUAGUUGGCAAAGUGCCAUACGAAUAAGAUUUGAUUUGAUUUGGUUUCAUUUGAGUUGAUUUAAAGGAAUAAUACAGACUGACAGAGUGAAUGUACUUCCCAUUAUUAAAUGAGGACAUCAAAUGUCACUUGUGAGAUGAACCACCUUUCUACUCUUUGCGCUCGCUGUUUCACUUUUCAUGAAUAUUAAAAACAAGUGGAGAAAAAAGUC